AUGUCCCGAUCAACCCCCCGUCGACGCGGCGGCGGCCACGCCCGCCACUCCUCCCAAGGAAACCCAAUCUCCGGCCCCCGCCCGGUUCAAUCCGACUACGAAUCCGACGCGGCGCACUACAUCGACUCCCACCCCGUCCCGGACCCGAACCCAGCCCUCCUCAACCGCACAAACACGGACCUCAACCUCUCCGUCCUCCGCCGUUACCUCCCCUCCAUAAACUCAACCCUCUCCAUCGCCGCCAACGCCGUCGUCUACACCUUCAAUCCCACCCUCCCGGGCUGGGACAAGACGGGCAUCGAGGGGACCUAUUUCCUGUGCAUGCAGGACCCCGUCCCCGGCGCGGCACCAAAUCCGAGAGCAUGCAUCUUUGUGUUGAAUCGCCGCGGGCUGGAGAACGUGAUUCUCGAUCUGAGCGAGGUGGACGACUUUGAAGUCAUGGACGAGAUUUACAUCUUUCGCCUCCGUGGCACGAGCGAGGAAGCCGCAGAAGGAACCAACAAAGUCAUGGGCAUCUGGAUCCACGCAGACAAGGAGGACACGCGCGUUAUGAACGCCGCCCUCAUCUCCGAGACGCUGAGACACGUCCGCCUCGCCCAGGAGCAGAACGCCGUGGCUGGUUUCGGCGGCCCCGGUGGGCCAGGCGGCGAAGAGGAGCUGGGCCCCGCGAUGCAGGCCAUUGGCCGGAAGCUGAGCUUGAGCGACCUGUUUGGCGCGCAGAAUGGCCUCCAGGGUUAG